AUGGCUUCACAAGUCGUCGCCUCAAUAUUGCGCUCUGACUUGAACGACCGUUUGGACCCUUCUCAUGCAAUCAUCACCGAUUUUGAGUAUCUUGCCUCUUAUAGCUGGCUUGAUAGCGGUUUACCUACCAUUUUAGUACCUGGCUCCCCACCUCUUUGGUCACCGCUUGCGGGACCACUAAAGCUGGAACCCGACUCCGGACGAGUUUACAUUGAUCAAAAUGCGGCGCGAAUCCCCCAUGCGCCUCUCGAGCCCUUGUUCGGUGCAAUCUUCACCCAGAAUCCUGAUUUUGAGAUGGGAAAUGUCGACCUCAUCACGGACCGGAACAAUAUCAGAAAACUUCUCCGCUUCGUCGACGGGACUUCGAGCGAAUUCUUUCAGAUACACGUCGAAAUUGAUGGCAAGAGGGCGCUGUUUACACGCAUGGAGCAUGACACCACAACAGUCAUUCAGGGCUUCCAAGGCUACGGUCGAAACUUCGAGAAGGCGUGCACAAAACGCGCGACCGGAACCUCUGGGUAUUACAGAAUCACUAAAUUUCGCUUCGGUGGCUUGCAAUGCGUGGUCAGACAUGAAACUGAUGGGUACGUUGAA